AUGGGCUGGAAGCGAUUUCAGGAAUAUGCCUCCCUCGUUCGACAAAUCGUCGUCGAUCCGCUUGUCCAUGGCAAUCUCUCGAUAUCGCCUCCGGGGCUUCUGAACGACUCCAUUUGGCAUCAACUUACCUCAUUGGUCCUUGGAUGCACUCCCAUUCUACCUCGCUUGGAGGCAGUGGUCAUAAAGGGCGCGGUGGAUGACGAUCGUUUGUUUGACAUGGGCGCGCUCUCCUUAACAAACCCUGGCAUACAUAAGUUGAUUAUCGACUUCACGUAUCCUCAACCACUACCCACAGUCCGGCGCCAACGGAUCCAGGAAGUGCUGCAGAGUGCCUUCGCGGUGUGCUUUUCGUCUACCCCAAACGUGGAGAAGCUCACUAUACGGUCAGUCCUUCCGCUAUUGGAUUGGAAGUCACUUCCAAUAUCGCAUGUGCGGCUAUGCCAGCUGAAGGUCAACACCCUUACCUCGGACCCCACCGAUCUCCUGCAUCUGAUCUCCCUCGCUAAUCUUGAGGAGCUCAGCUGUCGUGUUACUUUCCAAACAGCUGUCUACCUCGAACCCUUUCGCUUCCGAAAGCUUCACACCCUCUUCGUCUCUGGCAGCUGGCAUUCUACGCGAGAUAACUUUCUCGCUCACGUGGACGCGCCUCAACUUCGCGCACUGUCAAUUCAAACCGUGAAGUUCCCAAGAGGUGCCGAACAAAUGCCUCAAUGGUCGUCGCAAUACCUUCGGACUGUACCGGCCGCCUUUCCGUCCAUCACGGACUUCAGUUGGCUGUGCUCGCAAAUGAAGUGGGUUGGGGGGGCAGUCGAUACCCGUGCAACGCUGGCAGAACUACUCGAGCCUCUCGCUCCUCUGCGUAUGCUCCGCCGCUUCUCCGUGCGCUUCUCCGGCCCUACGGUCGUGCCACACUCUUCCUCAGACUUCGAGUGGAUCGCGGACACAUGGCCGGACCUCGAGGCAUUCACCUUCGUCCUCGACGCUAUCUUUGCCACGCGCGAUAUCAACAUCGAGACCGUCGCAUCCUUCGCACGCCCCUGCGCCCGUCUUCGUAGUCUCCGCAUCCCGCAAACGAUAUCCAAAUCCACCAGCGAUACCAUCGUCGAUAUCCACCCGCAGAUUCCCCCAACACUACGUGAUUUAGUCAUAGACAAUCUUUUCUGGCAGAUGGAGCACGAGGGGGUUGACAUGGACGAAAAGGAACCAUUGGCGACGUUACCCCUGUCUUUUCCAUCUGCGAACGUCUCCCUGGGCCGCAUCACUCACUUGCCGCAGUUGAGCACGACCUAG